UUCAGUGAACUAUAAAAUUUUGGUAAAGAAAUUAACAAGUUAAUAAAAAAAUGUUACUUCUACAAGUUCCAUAUAAUCAUCUACAACAUAUGCGUCACAAGCCAAUGUGGACGUUUCUGUUUCUUUUAAUAAUUGUUGUUGUUUUUCUGGACAAAACAUCUGCAAAUGUUGAAACUGAACCACCCCAAACUACUACUCCAGAACCAGAUGCCUCUCCGGGAUGCAAAGCACCGGAUAUCCGAUUUACCGUUAUUAAGCCCGAGACAACCACCCAACAGCCUUAUGCUAAAUUCGAAACGACGGAAAUUUAUCCACCGGACGAUUUGACAACGGGUGAUGUUGAAUAUGUUGAAAGGAUCAAUAUUGAUCUGACAGGACGUCAUAACGGCAAUCAAAUGGGUGGCAUUGUGAAUCCCUAUCAGGUCAAUAUCAAUGAUCAUCGAGCGGCUACAGGAUAUCAUGCUAAUGAUAUGGCUGCAGAUGAUGAACAAGAUGACGAAGAUGAAGAUGAUGGCGAUGAUGAAGAUGAUAAUGAAGAAUUCACAGAUGCAGAUGGAGUACCAAAGAAAAAAAAUGGCCAAAAUCGUAAGAUGAACGACAAGAAUAGACGCACUGGUUCAGGAAGGCGAAGGCGCAUCGAAAAUGAAAAUGGCCAAACACGUGGCAGAGGUAGUCGCUAUAAACGACAAGUAAUACAUCACGACCCUGAUGCAUCACCGGACACCGACAAAUGGAGUGGUAGUAAAUUAGCCGCCGAAGGUGAUGUUUAUUACAUACACAUUGACGACAUACUAAAAUCCCAAUCCCCCAACGAACACCUUAAGCUCAAAUUGUAUAGAAUGAAGCAGAAAGUCAGAAAACCCAAGAAGUCGAACUGCACUGAACAUCACUGUUCGAAACGUGAUCAAUCAAUGGCGAAAAAGCGUACAGGACUCGAAGAAAAACCAAAACUCAAACAAUUUGUAAAAAAUCAUCAUAGACGUCGCGGCGAUAGUCACGAACACGAACAUGACGUCAAAAAUGCUGAAUAUAAAAUCCAAACAGUUGUACCAAAUAUAAAUCCACGUAGACGACGUGAUCUCCAAGAUGAACCUUAUGAGCAGCAUAAUUACGAAAAGGAUGGUAAUAAUUUAUCUGGGAAAAUGAUUGGAAAGUAUGAGCACAAAGGCAAUGAAACCGUACCACCAUUGGAACAAACUACAGAGGUUGAGGAUGAUGCCCAAAUGUACUCAAAUAUGAGUCACAAUGAUGCUUUACAGCGCGUUAAGCGUAAAUCAGGCAAAACCACCGGCGCUCUUAGUCGUCCCAAGGGUGGUGGCGAUUCCAGUUCAAAAUCAACAAGUCGCAAAGAUAAAGGUAUUUUUGAUGAAGAGGGUACACAUUAUCCUGUACACACUGAUGAAGGGGAAUCUGACGAAGAGGAUGAAGAAGAAGAUGAAAUCGAUAUACAACAACAAUUUACAGAAGUUUCAGAAAUACGUUUCCCCGGCGAAAUAGGGCCAUUAGGUGACAGGCGUUUAUGUAAAAUCCGAUGCAUUAAAGGCAAAUGGGUGGGUCCACUCUGUGCCACAAAUGAGGAGGAUGAAAAUGGGAAUGUGAAAUUUCAGCCGUUAUACAAAUCAUGCCACGUUCAAAGAAUACCGCCGUAUUUAUUGUUGAGUUAUCGUAAUAUUUCAGUGAACCCCAUCACCCGUGCUCGUCGUUAUCGUACGGUUAAAUCGAAUUUAAUUUCAAAUACACAAAUUAAUGUGGGCUGGGAUCUGCCGCAUGGCCAUUCGCUACAGGCCAGGUGUAAAGAUCUGGGUAUGUACAAGCUGUUGGGAGAAUCAAGAGUAUUGUGUUCGAAUGGAUUGUGGGCACCACGUAUGCCGUCGUGUGUACCGACAACUUUGUUGACGAAUUUUUCGGAUGACAGCGCCCCAUCCAUUAAAUAUAGAAUACUUAAUGGUUCGGGAUCUUUUGAACCAUCAGGAAUACUGGCUGUUUUGCCAAAUAGCACCAUAUUGCUCGACUGCAUUUAUCCUCGAGCAAGAGGCAUUCCAGAUUGGAGUUGGACCAGUUGGUACAUGCAGUACGAAACAGGAUGGUCUAAUGAGGAUAAAAAUUUUCGCUACCGCCUGACAAUUAAAUACAUGGGAAAUGGAGACUCGGGAACAUUUACUUGCACUUCACCGCGCGGACUAACAAAUAGUGUUGCUAUAAUAAUGGCCACUUCCACUUGCCCGCAGCUUCCAGAACCGGCGCUACCGCUCAGCUUACGAUUGGAAGGCGAUAAGCUUGGUCAGCGGGCAAUGUAUCGUUGCCCUCCAGGCUUUCGAGUCGAUGGAAUUGCCAAUGCAACUUGUUUAGCUUCCGGUAAUUGGUCAUCGCCGCCACCAACUUGUCAAGCUGUACAAUGUCCACGUUUGAUUUUAGAUGAUCCUCACUUAAGUUUAGUCGAAUUGAAUACAUCUGCUUGGGGGCGGGCGGUGUUCAAAUGCCAGUGGGGCUUCAAAUUGACCGGUCCACCGGGUUUGGAAUGUGAUCCGACGGGCGUGUGGAGUGGCCCAGUCCCAAGAUGUAGAGCAAUUCAAUGUCCAACACCCAUUCCUCCAUUAAAUGGUCGCAUAGGUGGUACAAAUAUAAAUCAACGACGUCUUACAGUAGGCGCUUUAAUCACUUUCAGCUGCAACGAGGGUCACACGCUAGUCGGUGAGCCUAGUAUCAUUUGCACAGAAAGUGGUUUGUGGUCGCAUCCUCCACCAUUCUGUAAAUCCCAAUGCCCAUAUCCUGGUGAUCCACCUAAUGGCUUAUUAGCGCCGUUGAAAUUUAACUAUGACUCUGGUGAUUACAUCAGUGUCCAGUGUAGGCCAGGGUACGUGCAGUAUAGCGAAAAUGGACCACCAGAGCGUCCAAAAUGUCAACCGGAUGGUAAUUGGUCUGGUCCAGUACCCAAGUGUCGUAGUUAUGAAGAAGUGUAGCUGAUAAAAAUUACCGAACUAAUGGAAUCUUCAGAAUUAAUCGAUCAUCGUCUUUUAAACCAACCUUCCAAGAAAUAGUUGCUUAAACAUGUAUUACGACUAUAUCCAUCUCGAUCGAUAAGAUGCCGAAUUAGUUUAUGCUAGUUUUAUUACUACAAUUGUAUAAAUUCCAAAAGCAAAAGUUGUUAAAUUAUAUUUACCGAAAGAAAAUUAAGAAAUACAUAUUUACAUACAUACUAUACAUAUUUACAUAUAUAAUAUGUAUAAGAAUAUUAAAUGUUAAAUCAAUCUAAUUUAAAAACAAAAACUUUAAAUCAAAACAAAACAAAACGAAAAACAUAAGUAUAGCUGUUUGUCUUUGAAGCACAAGAUAAUUAAAAUAAGUAAUAACAUGCUACACCUCUUUCUCCUCCUACUCCUCCUCCUACUGCACCGCCUUUUUUAAAACAAAAUCAAUAAUAUUAUACGUACAUACAUAUGUAUAUUUCGAAGUCCCGAUGUUGAACUUUUUUCACAAAAAAUUCGACAAAAUGUUUCUGUUGGGGC